AUGCCAGGGAUGGUGGUGAAAGGGGAGCAGGACAGAGCAGAGAUCAUGCCCUUAGAUUUUAACAGCGGGAAGAUGCUGAUGGACAGGAAUGAAACCUGGCUCUCUAAUUUCUCCUCUGCUGCCUCCUCCUUUGCAAGGGGAGGGGCUGGGCUCCAGGAGGUGCUCGUUGGGCUUGUCCUCACCCUCAUCGACCUGGUCACACUGCUGGGAAACACCGUGGUGUUCCUCUGCCCGGUGGUGGAGAAGAGGCUGCGCACCGUCACCUACAUGUUCAUCAUGUCCCUGGCCAUGGCAGACUUCCUCGUGGCCUGCCUGGUGAUGCCCUUCAGCAUCAUUUACGAGGUGACGGGGAUGUGGCUCUUUGGGAAGCUGUUCUGCAAAGUCUGGAUCUCCUUCGAUGUCAUGUUCUGCACUGCAUCCAUUGUCACGCUGUGCUUCAUCAGCCUGGACAGGUACUGCUCCGUGGUCACCCCCUACCACUACUCCAGGAGGAUGUCCCGGGGCAGAUGCAUCGUGAUGACCUGCACGGUCUGGGUAUAUUCCUCCCUCAUCUCCUUCCUUCCCGUCAUGCAAGGCUGGAAUGAGAUCCCCGGCGUGGACUUUGAUGCCGGCAGGGAAUGCAUCUUCGUCACCAACUGGGUUUUUGCCAUCGUGGCUUCCGCCCUGGCCUUUUUCCUUCCCUUCAUGGUCAUGUGCAGCAUGUACUUCUUCAUCUACCGAGCCUCCCGCCUCAAGGCCACCCGCAUCAUGUCCCAGACGCUGGAGAUCCACUACCACCCCAACAGCAAGCGGCAGAACCACCUGCAGCUGGAGAACAAGGCCACGAGGACCAUCAGCAUCAUCAUCUCUGUGUUCGUGCUGUGCUGGCUGCCCUACUUCGUGCUGAACGUCUGGCUGGCGGCCAGAGGCACCGACUCCACCAGCACCGUGCUGCUCGGCACCUUCAAGAUCAUCACCUGGCUGGGGUACUGCAACUCCACCAUCAACCCCCUGCUCUACGCCUUCCUCAACAGGGACUUCCAGCAUGCCCUCAAGAAGCUGCUCCUGUGCAGGCGCAGGUCUCAGGUGGAUGUUGGGGAAGACAUGGUUUCCAUAGCCACGUUUUCCAAGACUGCUCCAGAGCUGGAAUACAGCGUGACGGUGCCCAACGGUGCCCCGAAGGGCAAACCCAAGUCAUAGGGAUUUGGGAUCAGUCGCUGGAGGUGGUGAUACAGAAAGUGCUGGAGCACAUCCCUAUGGAAAAACAAAGGGUAGGAAAAUAGGGGAAGCAGGGGGCUGGAAUAUUACAGCUGGGGACAAUACCACAAAGAUGCAUUUCUUCACCUUCCACAGUUUCAACAACGAGGAACUCAGAUGUUUUAGGCGCAAUCUGCUAUAUAUUAAUGGAACUAAUUAAUUCCUGGAUAAUUAUUUUUCUAAUGAGCAUUUCCUAAGACAAAUUCAACCUUCAUGUUGGGUAAAAAAAACCAAACCAGUAUGGUACGUGACCUUACAUUUGUGCACAUCCUGGUGAUCUGUGUCAGGUGGGACAGUGUUUCUUAUCAAGCCACUGUAGCUUCUUAUCUCAAAGUUUCAUGACAGAUUUGACCAGUUUUAAUAACUCCAUGUGUACCAGUCUAUGUAUGGGAAUUAGAGGAGGGAUGUGCUCACUUCCUGAAGAGGCACCACUCUGCAGCCUGGGCUGUUGCUUAGGGUUCAGCUCACUGGCUUCUGCAACAUCUGGGUAUUCAGAACUUUCUGUGGCCUGCUGUGCAUUAUCUGUGGGUUUCCUUGUUAAUUCUGGAAGGGGACAUGCCCUGUGGCGGACCCCAGGAGAUGACAAAGACUUGCUGUAAAAGCAGGAGCACCGCAGUUUCAAAGCUACAGGUGGAUGACACCAUCUGAAGAUGGGAUGUGAACAGAAUUACUAUUUGUGUGUACACUGUGGUAUCUACCACAGAUACAAAAAAAAAAAAAAAAAGAUAAAUGGAAAUUAUUAUUUUUACUACUCCCA